AUGGCAGUCCCAGACAGUGACGGAGCUGCAGUACUGGUCAAUCUUCCCGUCUUCAACAAGAUGAAUGUUCACGUUUGGUUUUCGCAACUGGGUGCAAUAUUUCAGGCUAAGAGAAUCCAGUCACAGAGCGCUCGUUUCGCUUAUGUAGUCGAGAAACUACCUCCCGACAUCGCAUCGGAAGUUUCUGACUUGUUAGAUAACGUCCCAACAGAGAACCCAUUUGACGUCCUGAGAGAACCUAUUAUAUACAGGAUAGGGAAGUCAGAAGAACGUCGAAUCAACGACUUAUUUAAUACGCUUCAACCUGACCAGAGCAAACCCACCCAACUUCUACGGAAGAUGAAAAACCUUCUGGGUAAUAACACCAUGUCAGAGGUUUUUCUAUGGAAACUCUGGCUAGAUAAGUUGCCGACCCAUACCGCGCAAAUUUUGGCAACACUCCUUGAGGAUUUGGAUCUACCACGAGUGGCUGCAAUAGCCGAUAAAAUCGUGGAGACGAGAACUCUUAACAGCACUCAUAUUUCUUCAACGGACAGCACACCGCAUGACAAUAUUCUAAAGAUACAGCAGCAGAUCGACGAAAUGUCCACGCAACUGGAUCGACUGAGUAGAGUGCGUUCGCGUCCAGCAUACAACGCAUACAAGUCUCAACACCAUAGCAGAGCUAAAUUGAACACUAGGAAUAAAGCAAACACUGGUAUUUGCUGA